AUGAAAAACUCUUUGGGUCGAUGGACUGUGAACGAAAUCCCGAAACGAUUCCCAGAUGGUGAAGUGAAAGGACUUUAUGGAGAUGCUAUGCUCUUCCUAGCAUAUGGUAAGGCACGUCAUUCUAGAACCUAUCAAAGACUUCUCAAUCGAACAAAUGCUGACAAAGAGAUUCCAUUGAAACUCACCUAUGAAGAACGGAGUGAUUUCCGUAAGAGCACACCAUUGUUGAUCUACACGAUACCGUUAGCGACUAAACAAAUGUCGAUGUUCACCAGCUUAAAGAGAGGUUUACUACAAAAUUUAUCCGGUCAUGACGGUUUGAGUAUGUUCAAUUAUGGGCAUUUCGAGUUUAUCACUUUUCUGCACCCAGUAGCGUACUUCACCAUGACAUGCAAGGUGGAUCCGGAGAAGCGGGAUAAUUUAGGCAAGAGAAGGAACGCUUACCUCUUUAAUAAACUCUUCGACGUGGAUGUAUUACGUAACACCCGUAUUCACCUAGGAUGUGAUCAUUUUUCACCAAAAUUGGAACAAUACCCAUGGACUAAGCCAGAAAUGUUUGGAACAAUACCCGCUCCAAUAAUCGCUGUAUCAAUUCGCUCUCGGUCUGCCAUUCGGAUAGGCGGAUAUCCGGUGAUGAAUGAUGCGGAGGAUAACUCGGAAACGGCAGUACUUUCAACAAACGAAUUGCUGAAGUUUUGCUUUUUAAUUUCCGAAGUUGCGCUGAAAGAGAACGCUAAACGAACAGCCGAAGAACUAUUUGGAAUUCUUUGCGGCGACAAGGGAAGAGCGGUCGCAAAAGGGCUCGAUUUGACGAAAGUCAGCACGGUCCCCAACGAGGCUCUCGAGGAGGCUUUCAUUGAACUACGCUCGGAGCUCCAAGUGCCAAUCGAUUGGAAAGUUACUGAGACGAUGCUU